UGAAUUUUAGUACGAGGCGUGAAGGCGGAGGUGAUGGAACGGUCCUAGUACGCUCCCGGCGUUCUCCCAUCUCAGAAAACAAUCUGCCUUUCUGUAUUUAUACACAGAAGUAAGCAGGCACCUCCACCCUGAGGACAACCAAGUAGUGCAAGAUGAGGACUUAAUUUUGACUUGUUACCUCAGAUAUUAAGUUUAACGAAGGUGUAGGCAAUUCGAUCUUCACAUGUGGAGGAAGUGAAUGUUGUGAGUCUGCCGAAGAUGUAAAAGUGGGAGUGUCUUCGUGUUAUAAUAACCAAAAUGCGGGAAUAUGUUGUGAAAUGUGAAAAGUACACAAGUUUUUUCUGAUCUUCAAAAAUUUGACGAACAACACUGAGCGCCAGUAUGAAGUAUUAAAGAAGGAUUAACAUCACCCAGUGAGUGGUACACCUUACUUGACAUACGUUGUUAUUUUUGGAGUAGCUGUGCCUAAAAAUCCAAAAUGUCGGUGGACGAGGAAGACUUCAAGAUGAGCCGUGCAGGGCUUGUGGCCAGGAGCGCUGCAGGGCACGCUGCUAAGGGCAUGAGGAUUAAGGACCAAGAAGACAUGUGGGUGGAGAUCCAGCACCAUACCUUCAAGAACUGGGUCAACGUGCAGCUCCGGGAAACAGGGCUCAAAGUGGAGGACUUGAGUGAGGACCUGAGAGAUGGGCUGGCACUGGUCACGCUGGUGGAGGUGCUGCAGAAGAGGCGCCUCCGGAAGGUGAAGAAAGUGAUGAACCAGCACCAGGCCUUGGAGAACGUCACCACUGCCCUCAACGCCAUAGCAGACGACGGGAUCAAGCUGGUCAAUAUCGGAAACGUGGAUAUUGUGAAUGGCAACCUGAAACUGAUCCUGGGGCUGAUAUGGUCCCUCAUCAUGCACUAUCAGAUUGGCCAGUCGAAAUUCCCCCCCAAGAAGUUGAUGUUGUCAUGGCUGAAGGCAGUGUUACCAGACUGUCGGGUGCAUAAUUUCACAACAGACUGGAACAGCGGUGUGUAUCUGAGCGCCCUACUCGAGUACUGUAGGCCUGGCCUGUAUUCCAACUGGAAGAAUCUCAACCCGAGGAAUUCGGUGGACAACUGCAAGAACGCUAUGGAGAUCGCCAAGGCAGAGUUUAACAUCCCGAUGUUGUUGGAACCCGAGAUUUUAUCCUCUCCCUACCUAGACGAGCUGUCUGGUAUGACCUACCUCUCGUACUUCAUGAAGGAGGGAGGUCCUGGUUACAAAGCCACUCUUGAAUGGGUCAGGAGGCAGUUGCCCGACAGGAACAUUAAAAACUUUACGACUGAUUGGAACGAUGGUAUGAAUUUGACAACUUUGGUUAAGCAGCUCGGAGGUCCUGUUCAUGGGUACAAAAAAUUAACACCAGCUCCUCAAAAUUGGGAAUCCAAUCUGCAGUUAGGUAUCGAUGGAGGCAAAAAGUUAGGUGUCGAGCCCGUUCUGGCUGCCGCCGACAUGGCUCGUCCGGACGUUGAAUAUUUGGGCAACAUGGGUUAUAUUGCAUACUACCAGUGGGUACGACCCAGGGAAUGCCCUUCUGACUCCAUUGCCAUCAACUGCAACCUGGAUAAUGUCCGUGUGAAUAAUCCAGUUCCCUUUGAGAUCGAGUUCCUGACGAAGGAGGUGGUGCUCAGCGAAAUCAGGGUGGAAGUGCGUGGUCCCUCGGGUCCUGUCAGAGUCGACCUUGAUCUCGGUCCUCGAGGAGGAAAGGGCGUUUUUAUACCAGAUCAAGUGGGCAUUUAUGAGCUGAAUGUGUACAACGAAGAGGAACUUGUGGAAGGUUGCCCUGUUAAAGUGAGAGCUCUACCCGACGUUUCCAAAAUCAUGUUCUCCGGCAUCGAUCCCUGUGCCAUAGGCUCCAUCGUCGAGGUCGUUGUAAACAGUAAUGGCGCUGGGUCAGCUGACAUUGAAGUGACAGCAUAUUCACCUACGAAUCGGCCCUUGCCCUGCCCCGUGAAAGUGGAAGAUGGAGUGUAUGCUGCUGUCUUCCAGCCUGACGAAGCGGGAGAAUGGUCCAUUGCUGUGACUUACGACGAUGAACACAUUCAGGGGUCGCCAUUUACCUGUCAUGUUUAUGACCCACAUGCACUCAAGCUUGUGGAUCUAGAUUUGGGACCCAGUGCCAGACCAGGCCAGCCCUUUACUUUUAUCGUAGAUGCCACAGGAUGUGGUUGGGGAGAUGCCAAAGUGGAUGUCACGCAGGGUGGACGUUCUAUUCCCUCAAAGUCUCUUGAAAUUGAAAGAGGGGUCUAUGAGAUCACUUUUACUCCUCUGGAAGCUGCCAAGCAUAAGGUCUAUGCCUACUUUAAUGGGCAUGAAGUCAAAGGUUCGCCCUUCCCACUGUAUCUUGGAGUAGAGAAGCCUCCUGACAGGAAAGAUUCUAAAUCAAAGAAGAAGAAAUCUUCAAGUCGUGAAAAUAAAGACCCGAAGGAAAUGAAAGAAAUUGUGAAAGAGUAUUCAAGUUCUGCUUUGGUCACCAACUCUCCCAGGUUGUCCUUGAGUAGUCUUAAUACAUCACACAACAAGUCUACAUUAAGUAAAAUCUAUGACUCAACUGUCAAUGAUUCAUAUGAUUCUUCCAUCAGUAAAACAUACAAGUCAACAGUUGAUAAAUCCUAUGAUACUGUAGACAGCUCAAGUUAUGAACCUGUCCUCAUUCCAUCAAACAGAAUGCAAGAUUCAUCAGUUAUGAAAAGCAGCAGCACGUAUGAGAACAUAAAUAAUAAGUAUGCAAAUUUUGAAUCUUCUUCUAUUGUUAAUAGAAGUAGUGUCUUAGAGUCAAGCACAAAGAAAACAAGCACUUAUGAGUCAGUCUCCCCAAAACCUAUCUAUAGCUCAAGUCCCAAAAAAAUCAGCACAUAUGAAUUAAGCCCUUCUAGUUCUUCAAAAUUGGAGUUGAAGAAUAGCACACUGGAUGCCAGUCACAAUUCAAGCUUUAAUUCUACAUUCAACACUUCAACUUCAACAGUCAUCAAUACUGGCAUAAUAAGCAAAUCGUCUGUGUUCAACAAGGCAUCAAGUCCUGGACGACUCUCUUCCCCUAGUCCACGCAAGUCAGCAUCACCAUCCCCACCUCCACCGUCUAGGACCAUCCGUGCUAUAAGCCCAAUAGAAAGCAGAGCCUCACCAGUUCGUGCAACCAGUCCACCUGGAGAACUCACUGGUCUGUCUUCUCCUUCUAAAGUUUUACAGAUUGCCCAGAAUGCUGCCAAAACCUCAGAGGCAAGAAGACAAAGGAACGUCCAGAGCCUCUCGAAGCUCAGGUCCAGGACAAUGUUCAACAGUAGAGAUGAAAAUUCUGACCCUGGAGGACCGCCUGAUGACCAUGUCACCUCACGCCUCUCCUCUGAGAAAAGAUCUGCUUUACUCCAGAGUGAUGAGCGCUUCACAUCCACUGCCAAUUUUAAUAUAUCUAACAUAGCCUCAUCAUCAUCAUCUGUCACAAGUACCACCAUUAGGAGGAUGGAAGAGAAUUUACAGGCUUCUGGAGCAAACCGUCAUGGGACCACCAGCAUUAUCCACCCAGUGAGUACUAGUGUGUCAGUGGAUUCUGGAGAAGAAAAGAGGGGAGGUGUGAGGAGUGGAAUUGUGAAGACUGAAUACAGCAUUCAUGGUUCUAAAAGUGAUCUGAGAAGUGACCACGGGCUUACAUCCAUUGAAGAUCAUCAUCAUUAUAACACCAAAGACCAUUCCCAGAAACUAGAAUCUACAACAUAUCUUAGCUCCAGCACAACUUCAGUUGAUGUAACAGAUGCUGUGUCACAUAGAUUGCAAGGAGCUUCCCAUCAUCAACAUUCCCACCAGCUAGCCCGACAUUCACCUCAGCCACAAAUAGAUGCCUCACGGGUUUCUGUAAGUGGGCCUGGUGUCAGACUUGUAUCUGUAAGCUCACAGGCUGAGUUUACAGUUAGUAUGCCUCCACCACUACGACAAGAAGAGAUCAAUGUCCGUAUCACAGGUCCUGGUAAGCGCCAGGUACCAGUUGAGACCCAAGGUACAUCAGAUGGGGAAGUCUUGGCUGCAUUCACUCCACGACAAGUUGGUGAAUACAUAGUUGAUGUCAGAGUUGGUGAUACUCGAGUUCCAGGAAGUCCAUUCAGGUGUUAUGUGUAUAAUGCCCAAGAGAUCCAAGUUGGUGCUAUUCCCAAUGGCAUAGUUGGAAGACCUGUUGAAUUCGAGAUUGAUGGCUCAUCAGCUGGCUCAGGUAACCUGGAAAUCCUAGUAAAUGGGGGCCAUGUGACAUCGUAUGUGAGAAACUUAGGUCAGCAGAGGUUCUUGGCAUCUUUCGUCCCACAUUCAGCGAUAAAGCAUACAGUUGAAAUGCGCUUCAAUGGAGAGAAAGUUCCUGGGUCACCGUGGAGUGUGGAGGUAAUGGAGGGUAGCGGGGCAAGGGUGGCUGUCCUUGGGGACACCAUCAAACACUUCCCUGCUGGUCAGCUCUCGGCUUUUGAUAUCUCUGCUGCCAAUGUCUCCAAAGAAGAUAUCCAAGUUCAUAUAGUCAGUCCAGCAAAGCGUCCAGUUUCAUACCAAUUAACAGAGAGUGGGGAAGAUGUGUAUCGUGUCGCCUUUGUAACCACAGAAGUUGGAUCUUAUAUUGUUGAUGUUGCUGUUUCUGGUCAGAAAGUUCAGGGCUCGCCUUUUAUUGCCAAAGCCUAUGAUGCAGGACUCAUCCGAGUCUCUGAUGUCCCAAAUGGUGUAGUAGGACAGCCAUGUCAGUUCAGAGUUGAUGCAUCACAGGCUGGAGAAGGUCAGCUGGAAAUCAGUAUUAAUGAUGGGGAAGUGCCCAACCAUGUACAAGUUCUAGGUGGAGGAAGAUGUCUUGUAUCCUUCACUCCAGAUACUGCUAAAUUACACACAAUUGAUAUUAAAUUUAAUGGCGAGACCGUCCGAGGAUGCCCAUUUGUAUGUAGAGUGGCAGACACCUCACGAGUUAGUCUUACUUUAAGACACCUGGAACUUAUACCUGUAGGACAGCCAGCAGCAUUCAAUAUUGCUGUGGAUGGAGGAGGUUCUGCAGAACUUACUGUCACAGUGAGAACUCCCAGUCACACAACACUUCCAGUCAGAGUUUCAGGAAGUGUAAGGGCAGGUUUUACAGCAGAAUUUACUCCUGUGGAGGUUGGGGCACAUACCAUUAUAGUCAAUUACAAUGACUCGGCUGUCUCAGGCACACCAUUUACUUGCAAGGUCUAUGAUGCAUCCAAAGUUGGAGUAUCACAUCUACCUAGGGGAGCCAUUGGAAAAAGUCUUCAGUUUGUUGUUGAUGCAUCAGAGGGAGGAGAAGGUAACCUUGAAAUCAGCAUCAGUGCAGCUGGUAGAAACAUACCCACCCAAGUUCAUCCUCAUGGAUCUGCAAGGUUUGCCGUGUCAUUUGUUCCCCUUGAAGCAAUUGACCAUAUCAUCAACAUAUCAUUCAACAAAGAACCUGUGCAAGGCUCCCCAUUUGUUGCAAAGGUGCAAGCAGACCCCAACAGAAUUGUAGUCAGUGGUCAGUCUCUUGCUGCCACAGCUGUUGGGAAAACCUCUUUCUUCACGAUAUCUAACGUUACUGGAUCAGUAGAGGAUGUUGAGGUGUCAGUUGAGGGCCCCAAUGGAUUGCCAGUGCCAGCGCAGGUGCGAGACAAUGGAGAUCACACAUUUAAAGUGGAGUUUGCCCCCAAGAGUGCUGGUGAGCAUCGGAUCCAUGUUGCAUACAGCGGCGAGGCAAUUCCAGGUUCACCAUUCAGCUGUAAAGUGUAUGAUGUUUCAGCUAUUAAAGUUCGUCCAGUAGACAGAGGAAUGGUGGCUAAACCAGUAACUUUCCUUGUGGAAACAAACAAUGCUGGCCCGGGAAAUCUUGAAGUUACAGUCAAUAAUGGCCAAGUCCCAACAAGUGCUCAGGCACAAGGCAACCAUGUGUAUGCCAUAUCCUUUACACCAAAGGAAGCAAAGCCUCAUGUUGUAGAGCUCAAGUUUAAUGGAGAGAAUGUUCCAGGCUCACCAUUUUCAUGUGAAGUGGUUGAUGUGUCAAGAGUAACUGUUGCAGGAGCUGGCUUAGAAAAAGUUCCUGUUGACAGGCCAGCAACAUUCACAGUUGAUUCCCAGGCAACCAUGGACCAGUUAGAAGUGAAAAUACUCUCUCCAUCCAGACAUCCUCUUGAGCCACGAGUAUCAACCACAGAUGGAGGAAAAUUGAUGGUUGAAUAUACCCCAGUAGAAGUGGGUGAUCACAGUGUUGAAGUGAGAGUAGCUGGCAUGUUAGUGCCUGGAUCCCCGUUUCUUGUUAAAGCUUAUGAUGCCAACAAAGUCAAAGUCACAGAAGUUGCCACGGGUAUUGUUGCAAAGCCUGUUUACUUUUCAAUUGAUGCAUCACAGGCUGGUGCUGGAAAUCUGGAAAUUAUUGUGUCAGUUAAUGGCCGAAAUGUGCCUAACUAUGUACAGUCUGAGGGACAUGCGAGAUUUAGAGUUAACUUUAAACCAAAGGAGGCAGCUGUCCACACACUCUCAGUCAAAUUUAAUGGCGAACCUGUACCUGGGUCACCAUUCAGAUGUCGUGUUAGUGACAGUAGCCAGGUGGUUAUUUCUGGUGCUGGGAUAAAAAUGUCCUCUUUGGCGCGUCCUGCUGUCAUUACUGUUGAUCCUCGUAGUGCUGAUGUUGCCGAUUGCAUUAUACAGGUGACAUCCCCUUCAGGAGCACGUGUACCUGUUAAAGUGACUGGUGAAUUACCAAAUAAAUUGACAGCUGAAUUCCAGCCCACAGAAGUUGGUCCUCAUACUAUUAAUGUUAUUAUGGAUGGAGAAAGUGUAGGAGGUUCACCAUUCACCUGUAAUAUAUAUGAUGUUACAAAAGUUCAAGUUACAGGCCUAAAUCAUACCAAGGUAAAUCGACCAGUAACAUUCACUGUGGAUGCAUCCCAAGCAGGAGAGGGUACUUUAGAAUUAGUUGUGACAACAGCCAAAGCCUCUGUCAGAGCAGAAGUAGCUGCAAGAUCAAGGGGUCUCUAUGAUGUCACUUUCACUCCUCAUGAAUCAAUACCUCACUUUGUUAACAUCACUUUCAAUGAGGAAGAAGUGUUAGGAUCUCCAUUUAAGUGUGAUGUUCGUGAACUAGAACCUCGUGAAGUGCGUCACCUCCAACGUAAGGAGAGUCAGAUGGUAACUGCCAAAGGAGAUGGAUUAAAACAGGUGGUAACGGGUAACACAGCAUCCUUUACGGUGGACACCAAAGGAUUGGAUGGUGAACUGGAUAUCAGAGUCACUGGCCCAGAUGGUGGUCAGAUCCCUGCUAGAUUAGUAAAAUUACGCAGUGGGCUUCAUCGUGCUGAGUACAGAGCAGACCAGGUGGGGUCCUACAGCGUUGCAGUAUUACACCAGGGUGCACCUAUUAGUGGUACACCAUACACAGUUGAGGCAGCUGAUCCACGAAGAGUAAAACUUCAGCUUUCUGGGGAAUGUUUUUCUGGUCAGGAGUGUGCUUUGAAGGUGGAUGCUUCAGGUGCUGGCAGGGGAUCAUUGUCAGUAGGUGUGCGAGCGGCUGGCCAAGAUGUCAAACACUCGAUAAGAGACCUUGGUGGUGGGCUAUACCAGGUUCUGUUUUAUCCAAGGGCACCUAUUCCACACAAGGUUGAUGUGCGCUAUAGCGGAGUACCAGUUCAAGGUGGACCGUUUGAAGUACCUGUGCGCAACCCUGCCACCGGUCAUGCAGUAACAGCCACUGGUCUUGGACUACAUCAGGCACGAGUUAACAAAUCUACUUCAUUUGUUAUUGAAACUUUAAAUCAACCUUCUAAAGACUUUGAUGUCCUCAUUACUGGGCCACAGGAUUGGGCUGUCCCAGUAAAGUGCUAUCAGCAAAAGGAUGGUAAUUUAUUGGCAGAAUACACUCCUCACACACCAGGAAACUACAAAAUUGAGGUUCUUUGCUCCAAUGCACAUGUGAAAGGUUCACCCUUCCAAUGUACUGCCUAUGAUGCCUCCAGAGUCCUUUUGGAGAGUAAUAAGACUGUGACUGCUGUUGGAGAACCAUGCAUGUUCUUAUUGAACACAUCUGAAGCUGGAGCUGCUGAUUUAGAAGUAAAUGUUGAAGCUCCUUCAGGUGUUCUGACACCUUUGGAGGUCAAGACUGGACCAUCUGGUGAAUUUGUUGAAUGGAUCCCAGAUGCACCUGGACAGUAUAGAAUUAUUAUAUUCUAUGGUGGUGAAGAGGUUCCAGGAUCUCCAGUCACUGUAGAUGUAGGUGAAUCCGGCUUAGCAACAGUAAAGGGGUCUGGUUUGGAAGGUGGUGCUAUAGACACACCGCUUACAUUUACUAUUGAUGGCCGUGGCUUGCUUGGGGAACCUCAUGUAACAGUGGAUGGACCUGAUAGCGUGGCACGUGUCAAUGUGCGCAAGCAAGAUGAAGGUCUCUACCAGGUUACGUAUGUGCCUCAUGAAGUGGGGAUAUUUGAUGUUCGUGUACAGUGGAACAAGCGUGAUGUUGCUGGUAGUCCAUUCCAUCCAAAAAUUGUUGAUCCAGCUCGGGUUAGGCUGAUUGGUGGGUGGUCAAGUUUGCAAGAUUCAGAGGGUCGUUUGGAGCUGACUCCUCGAGAAGAGAAGAGGUUAGCUUUUGAUGUUAGUGAAGCUGGACCUGGAAAAUUAAAAGCAGAAGUGACUCAUGAAGGCAGGCCAAUUGAAGUUGGUUUAGAUCAGACUGGAUCUCGAUCCCGCCUAAUAUUUACCCCACCUGGUGAAGGUGCUUAUGAGUUACACUUGUGGUAUUCUAAUUUACCCCUACCAAACAUGCCAGUUCAUGGAUGGGCUGAACCGGUAGUUACAGGGGAUCACACACGUGUUACACUCAAAGGCCAUGGUAUCACUACAGCACGGUGUGGUGAGCAAUCUGAAUUUAUUAUUGAUGGGUCAGCAGCUGGUCCUGGAGCUCCAGAUGUUACUAUGAGUGGUACAAAAGCUGAUGUAUCAGUCUCCCUGACACACCAGGGGAGUGGAAUCUGGCAUGCAGCUUAUACUCCAAUGUUGCCAGGAGCCUAUUUACUCAAUGUAAUGUGGUCUGAUCGUCAGGUACGAGGUUGCCCCUUGAAGGUGAAUGUUGAAAGCGUGGCAGAUGCAUCAAGAGUAGUGUGUUCUGGUGAAGGAUUACGGCAUGGCAUGGUUGGCCAUGAAAUUAAAUCCUUCAUUGACACUAGAAGAGCUGGUCCUGGUGAACUUACAGUAACGUGUACAGGGCCACAGAAAGUGGCAUUAUGCGAUCUAGAUGACCAUGGUGAUGGUACUUUCACAUUAAAUAUUCGACCUCAGGAGUCUGGCCGUCAUGCAUUGAAUAUCAAAUAUGAGGGGGAUCACGUUCCAGGUUCCCCUUAUACACUGAAAGUAGCUGGAGCUCCAGAUCCCUCAAAAGUCCGUGUAUAUGGCCCAGGCAUUGAGCAUGGAGUUUUGGCUUCAUACCAGAGUCGUUUUAUUUGUGAUACGCGUGGUGCAGGUGCAGGUCAGCUUACUGUGAGAAUCAGAGGGCCUAAAGGUGCAUUCCGUGUCGAGAUGCAGAGGGAGUCACAAAAAGACAGAACCAUAUUGUGUAAAUAUGAUCCAACAGAACCAGGAGAUUAUCGUAUGGAAGUAAAAUGGUCUGGCGAACAUGUCCCUGGGAGUCCUUUUGUUGUGAUGAUAUUCGAUACACAAGAUGAACUUAAUAGAUACAUGGCUGGUGGAUAUUCCCCAACUGGCCCAGGAGGUGCUCCAAGUGAAUACUAUGGAAGCAUAGGAUAUGGCACCACGUAUGGUGCAGUAAGCUUUGGACAGAUGUCAUGGCGUGGCUCUCAGGCCCAACUGUGAGGGGGGCCAGGGUCCCCGCCGAGCGUCGCUCUUCCCCUUACUGCCCCCUCCAGUAAUGGACUCAGUCCUGGCUCAUCACCCUCCACCCCCUCACCAGCUCGUGGUCCUCCAGUUAGCAAUGGUCGGGUUCUCACUACACCUCGAAAAGUUAAAGCAAAGUCUCAUGCUCGUCGCAAAAAUAAACCCCCAUCACAAGACCCUGGAGGUCAUAGCCCCGUGCUGCAACUACCAUUUUCAUCCCCUUCAAGACCAAUGCCUGUAUAUAUGUCUACAUGGGCUUGGUCUGCAACCCAUCAAAACUACUUUACAUCCCUUCCACCUCUCUCGGUUAGUAAGGGACGCACAACCCCUAGACGUUCGACGCCAAUGAAUGGCCCUGCAUAUGCCGGUGUACACAGACACCAAUUCCGCCGGUACCGCCUCAUCACCAACAAUUUAUAGGGUGGUGGACCCUGGUUCCCCCUAACAGGGCUAUGUACAUAAAUCAGUUAUCCCAAGACUAACUCCCUGUAUGUAAUUUCAAAUUCUGGGCCUUACAUUCCCCUUCAUGAUUGGUAAUGAUAAGAGUAUUGUGACUUUUUUUAACAAAAUCAAAUUCUGUUCUUUCCAACAACAUAUUGGGGUUUUCAUGGUACUGUAUAUAUCCUUAUUCCUCAUGCCUUAUUCUCAGGUCAUAUCUCUAGGUAAAGAUUAUUACCAUGGCUGAGGAGAAAAUAACAUAAAAUCUCAUUGCCUAAUCUCUGCAGCGCCUUCCUGUCGUCAUGUAUAAAUGACGUAAUGGUUAGGUGCAUGUCCAUGCCCCUGUACAUGGUUUCACUUGGCAAAAGUGAAUGCAUUUUGUAGUGAACUUUUCCUCCUUAUGUUUUGGUGGACUUUGUGUAAUCUACUCAGAUUAUUGUACUAAAUGUUUAAAAGAUGUGUAUGUGUCUUCCUAAUCUAAUCAUUCAUCUGAAGAUCAAAAUCUGUUCAUGCAUUUCAUCAUUUCAUCUACAUAUCUGACUCAUCACUAAAGUUCAUAGAUGUAGUUGUAGUUUUCGUUGAAAACAAAAUUUUAGCUUUAUCACUGUCAAAUUGAGGUAGAAUCAUCAUACGGUAGUUAUCACAACCUCCUGCCGAUAUUCAGUUAUGCCAGGAAUGUACAAUAGCUCAUCAAUUUUAUAUUAGUGUUAAAUCAUUAAUAUAUUCACAGUGCUAUCCCAUUUUUUAAUUUGUAAAUGUUGACUCAAUAAACAUUACUAAUAA